CUUUUUGCACUUUAAUAUUUUUUUUAACUUUAAGUGUGAGUAAAAGUGAGCGAAUUGAGGCUAUUCUUUCUUUUUCUUUUCUCUUUCUUAUAUUUUUAUUGCACAAGCCUUUUUGUUUUUAAUUUUUUCAUUCACUCUUCUUUGUUAAUUCACUCCCCUUUUUGACGACGUUUAUUUGUGCUUCAGCGACUUUUCAUUUCUUCCCUUUUAUUAUACCUUUGUUCCUUUUAUUUAUUUUAUUAAAACAUGGCAAUCAGUGAGGGCUUCAAAAAGAUGCCUCUGGCCAGCCAGCUGUGCUGCUGGAUAGCGACGUUGCAAGCAGUGACAAUAAUCGGGCUGGAAAUCGGCAUACUAGUUUAUGUGCUGAAAAACGUAGAGAACGGCGUGGCCAUAUACUUUCUUUUGCUGGUUAUUGCGGCGAUAUUCGGGGUCUUCCUCCUAGUGGGCGGUGUGAUGAACGGGGACACAAUCCAGAUUAUCGGGUACUGUGCGUUCAGCCUCUUUGGCAUGUCGUUGGCCAUCUUCCGGUACUAUCAGGUGAGGAGCUGGCUCUUGUCUGAUUUCUACGAGAACGUCAUUGGUGUGAUGGCCGGCAUGACAGUGUUCUUUGGUGUCAUGGCGUACUUUUUGUACAACACAUUUGGCUGGGAGAUUUACAAGCGCGUCGGGGCAGAUAUGAAGAUUCGGCGCAUGUAUAUCAACUACCGGUUGUUUGUAUUGCUGCUGAAAAUCGACUUUUUCGUGUUUGUCGGGUUCGCAGUGUCGUACAUCAUUCUGAUUCUCAAGUCGUCCGACCCUGAGUUUGCCAUCACCAUUGCGCUGGUGCCUGUGACGCUGCUCGUCCUGCUGCUGGCGUUCUGGUCGCUGCGCCGCGAGUCGGUCAUGACCAUGUGGGUGUUUAUCGUGCUCUUGUGCGCAAGCACGGCUUAUUUUGUCUACAAGUGCGCGCGCAUGUAUGACCCCAAGCAGGAGGCCAAGUUUGCUAAGCAGCGGCCGAUGAUGACAUACUAUACGAUUGUGUCGCUGGUGGUCAUCUCUGCGACGCUGCACCAGGCUGUCACUUGCCUGGCCAACUUUGGAUAUGGGCUCAAGGAGCGCGUCGAGAUUACGCGCGGCAAGCGCAGCGACAUGGAGCAGAUCCAGGAUUACUACGUGAAUGCCGCAGGCGACCGUCGCAUGAACCUCGAUGGAUAAGCAAAAAAAUCAAAAUGGGUUUUCCUGCCUCGAAUAAGUGGUGGUUUUUCUUGUCCAAACAUGUUUAUUUUCUGUAUUCUUUUUUCCAUUGACAUUACCUUUUUCUUUUCUAUUCUGUAUAUUUGAAUAUAUACAUAUAUCUUCGAAUUGUUAGGAAUGGCCAGAAUGUACUGUGGCAAGCUGUCGCCGCCAAAAAUCAAAGUAGGUUAAUCUGCGCUAAGCUGGUAAUAUAUUGUUUUCCAGGAAAAAAACAAAGCAAAACAAAAUAAAACAACAGAGGCGUCUCGAGUAUGUGGCUGGCAGGGACGCGAGAAAAUAUUAAAAAUAGGCAAUAUAAAGGCAUCACAUAUAUGAAAGAAAAGAAAAGAAAAGACAAGACAUGCACAUAUCGUCAAUAUAUGCCUAAAGGGUAUUUCAUUUCAUUCUUCUGCAUGUUCUCU